AGUGUACAAUAGAGUGGAGAUGUUUCUAUUUUUGAGUAUCCUGUUACUUCUGUUAUCCAGUGUUCAAACACAGAUUUCACCGAUACAGUUUUGUCCUCCAUUUUCGAUGCAAAAUUGUCCUUUAGGACAACGUUGCGAGAGUGGAGUGUGUCAGACAGUUGUAUCAACAUCAUGUCCGAUUCUACCUUGUCAUAACGAGCACCCUGACACCUUCUGUGAAGAUGGUCAAUGCGUACUGAGACCUGGAGCAUCAUGUCGCUUCCAACAGUACCCUUGUUCAUCUGGACAUGAGUGUAGGAAUGGAAUUUGUCAACGAAACAUCGAUCAACCUUGUCCGCUUUGUGUGGGUCGUAAUUUCACCUGUGAAGAUGGUCGGUGUGUCCUGAGACCUGGAGCGAGGUGCCCCCACCCAUUUUACUCCUGUUCAUCUGGGCAUGAUUGCAGAAGAGGACGUUGUAGAAUAUCAACAUCAUGUCCGCGCUGUGUCGGCAUUGAUGUCAUCUGUGAAGAAGGCCAGUGCGUCGUGAAACCUGGAGGAUAUUGUGCCCUACAACUGUUACCCUGUUCAUCUGGCUAUGAAUGUAGAAAUGGAAGAUGUACACUCAUCGAUCCAAUUUGUCUGCAGCCUUGUUUCGGCCCGGAUAUCAUCUGUGAAGAUGGUCGGUGUGUCCUGAGACCUGGAGCGAGGUGCCCCAACUCAUUUUACUCCUGUUCAUCUGGGCAUGAAUGCAGGAGAGGACGCUGUACAAGAAGUUCAACAGAAUGCAGAUUUGUUGAUGAUUGUUCACCAGGAUAUUACUGUUUGUAUGGAAAGUGUGUACCAUAUGAACCAACCAGACCUACUCAGUUUCCACCCAUACCCUCUGAAACCGGAUGUCAAAAUAAUGGUGACUGUCCACGUGGACAAGAGUGUUUAAGAAUCGGAUCGCAAAGGCAAUGCGUGUUCGUGAUUUCAUAAGGAAACCACGAGAUUACACUUCCUGAGUUUUAUGGAAUCGAUCACAGUUUAGCGUAUAUGAUAGCUAGUUUCCCCAUGAAAGACGAAAGCUAAAUUUGGAACAAAAUAUGGAUUUGCAAAUGUUGUCACUAUGAGUAGAAAUAAAUACAUUAUCAGCCAA